AUGGCAACGACACAAGAGCAGUCAGCGAACGGGUUAAGCUCGAUUCCGCUGCCUGAGAUACCUGUCAAACUCCGGUGCACUAUUUGCAGCGAGCUUGCACGUGGCGCCUCUCGUCUACCAUGCUGUGAACAGCCGAUUUGUGAAAACUGCCAUGCGAAUCUCCCGACUGAGUGUCCCGUUUGUGACCACACUCCGCUUAGCCCAGACGACUGCAAAGCAAAUAUUGCCCUGCGAACGACGGUGGCAGUUUUCCUACGGACUCAGGAGAAGAAGCAUAAUCUGAUGUUACAGAAAGAACAAAAAGAGAAGACUAAACCCGUAGAGCCCAAGGUCGAGAUUAAGGAUGCAGAGCCAGAGCCAGCAAAGGCUGUACAGGCGCACGUGUCUCCCAUGCAGAAUCCAUUAACACCUCCGCAAGAGGCUGAGGAGACUGCUCGGGCAGAAGGUACACCAGUGCUUCCGCAUGUUUCGCAGGAAUCCACGGAGGCAGUGAAUGAGACGGGGGUGGUGAAGAGUCUUACCGAGACAAAUCCACCUGAAGUCCAAGCAGCAAAUGGCUUUGUUGGCCAGCAGAACGCUUGGUUCGGUCAACAGGACCCCAAUCAGAUGGAGCAACAGAUGCAACAGAUGUUCCCCGGGCAGGACUUUUCAGGUCCCAAUGGAUGGAACAUGUAUAACCAAAUGAUGCAAGGAAUGCAUCAUGAAGGUUGGAUGAACGGAUAUGGGAAUUCCAUGAUGGGUUAUGGUAUGAAUUCGGUCGCACAGGGAGGAGGAUAUGGUGGAGGAAACUUUGGGGGCAUGGGAAUGAAUGGAGGAGGGUUUCAUAACGGGCAUGAUGGAAUGGGAUGGGGCUGGAAUGGACAAAAUAAUGUGGGAUACAAUCCCGGAAUGGAUGGUACUCGUAAUGGUGGAUAUUAUUCUGCUGCAACUGCUGGUGGAUAUAAUCACCAAUCUCACGGGAAUCUUCAGAUGCCCACACAGCAAUAUCAAAAUCCUCAUUUCCAGCGGCAACAGCCUUAUCAACGGGGUCGUGGUGGUUUUGGUAAUGGGUCACGCCCUUUUCUUGAACGCCAGCAACAGCAGGAUUUUCAGGAUCAAUUUCAACAACAGUUACAAGGUAUUGAUGAAGUUCGCGCUGCUGUUGUUGGCACGUCCGUUGAUGAGAAAAAAGGAGAAAAGAUUCCUGUUGUGUCUGGAGAUCCUGAGAAUAUAACUGAUCCCAACGAUGUGCCUACUGAUACUGCUUCUACUGUUUUGGCCGGGGCGGAUCUUGCUCCUGAGGAACUUGCAGACUCACAAAAUUUAGCAGUCCCUGUGAAUCCUGAUAUGGCUCAGUAUUUUACCCCAAAUGAAUUUAGAGGUCCACCAGGCUUUCAACCGCAUUUCCCCGUGGGUCCUCGUGGGGGCCCUAGGGGAAAUUUUAGAGGAUCAUAUCCGACAGGCAGAGGUGGAUUUUAUAGCGUUGCACCGUCCCCACCGGUUAUUGGAGAUGCAGAACCCGAUAAAAUACCUGGUGUAGGAUUAGGUGUUGAAGGUGCGCCUACUGGCCCCAAAGCCCUCCGAGAAGGUAUCCCCCCAGUUCGGGCCGGAAUACCUAUUAGGGGAGGAGCAUUCGGUCGCGGAAGAGGUGCUUACGCUGGAUCAUCAUGGAAUAGAAGUAUGUCACCAGGGCGUGCGGGACCAUUUUCUAGAUCUAGAUCUAGAGAAGGGAGGCGUCGAUCGAGUGCUACAGGCCGUGAUAGAAGUAGAGACCCUAGUCGCGAUCGUCGUAGAAGAUCCAGAUCCCGGAACCGGGACCGUAGUCGACACCGGAAGCGCCAAUCUCAAAGUGUUGAAUCUGAAUGUGACCGCCGCGGACGAACGUUAAACCCUGACACUGAAGAACCAAUCUCGCCUAUUCUAGUUAAGACGCUCACCGAUGUUUCUACCGCUGAACAGGACAAUAUAGAUAGUACUCAACAAAGCUCCACUGGCAGGGUAAAGAGGUCACGCGAAGAGUCUGCUAGCAGAGAAAGAUUACGAUCUACCUCAAGGUCUCGGAGCAAGUCGCCAAGCGGGCAUCACAAGCGCAGCCGCAGACACAGAAGAUCUAGCCCCGUCACAGAGAGAGACAGAGAUAACAGGGACAAAGAGCCCCGAGAUAGAGAUGGUAGGGAUAAGGACAGUAAUCUCCAAAGAAGGACGACUACCCAAUUGAUGAAAAAACUACCGCUUCACGGGAUGCCGAUGGACAAACACGAUCGCUACGAUAAAUACGACAACAAAGAUGAUAAAUAUGACCGAGAUGAGAAAUACGAUAAAGACGAGAAAUAUGACCGAAGAGAAAAGCACGAAAAGACUGAACCGGAGGCUGCCACGGAGAAAAAGGUUGAGAAAGAACGACACUCAGAAAAAGAUGCGGACCGAAAGACAACGAAAGAUUCACGGUCUAGAAGAAAGCCAUCAUACAAAUACGAGGACGAGGAAGACCUCGAGCGGAGAGCGGAGAGAGACCGCGAGGCAGAAAGAUGGGGAGGGGUCAAAAAGUAA